AUGGGAAGAACCCUAACAUACCCAAAGCGAGUGUCCAACACAGCCAACCGGUACAAGCACCGUGCGACCUAUGACCUCGGACCUAUUCACUCCAUCAUCAACGCCUCCCAAGUUCUCCAUGUCUCCUUCAACCCAGGCCCCGAAGACCCCUUCCCUGCCAUCAUCCCAAUGAUUGGCCAAAUGGGGUCCUACGAGUUCCCCUCCGCCAGCAUUGACGAGCCUCUGGAUUGCUACCUCCACGGAUACGUCAGCUCGCGCAUUAUGAACCUCGCCCGCAGCUCCGAGGGCGAAGGCCUGCCCAUUUGCGUAGCUGCUAGCAAAGUGGACGGACUGAUCCUGUCGCUGACGCCCAACUCGCACAGCUACAAUUACCGCUCGGCCAUCUUGCACGGCUACGCCAUGCUCGUGACCGACGAGGACGAGAAACUCUGGGCCAUGAAACUAAUCACGAACUCAGUACUUACGGACCGCUGGGACAACUCACGCGUGCCGCCAGACCGCACGGAGAUGCAGUCGACUGUUAUUCUGAAGGUCAAGGUCGUGGAUGGUAGCGGCAAAAUCCGGGAUGGCGGCGUGUCAGAUGAGCGUAAAGACUACGGGAACGAGGAAAUCACGAACCGCAUCUGGACCGGGGUCGUCCCGGUCUGGGAGACAUUUGGACAGCCCGUGCCCAGUGGCAAUGGCAAGUUGGAGGAUGUGCCUGAGCAUAUCACGUCCUUCAUUGCAACGAAAAAUGCGCAGAAUCGCGCUUUGGCGGAGAGUGCGAUUGAAGUCCAAUUACCUUCGGAAGAGCAGCACUGA